AUGACUCUAUUUGAUAGAUUCAAAGAUGCCAUCAUUGAAGAACAAGAUGAAGAUGUUUCCCAAACAAAUGCCUAUCUUGCUGCAUAUUCACUAAAGAAGCUAGCAGCUCUUGGAUUGGCAGCUAUAAACCUUCAAAUCACAAAUAUACGAACAGGGUUGGGAGGCAAGACUAUUUUGGAAUUGAAAUUGGAUCCAGCUUAUGGGGAUGGGGAUAUUAAUACUGGGACAUUACGCACUGGAGAUAUUGUGAAAUUAUCCAAGAUGGGUAAAGCAAUUGAAAAGAAAAAGGCAAAGAAGGCAUCAGCUACUGAUGAUAAGGCAGACGAAGAAGAUUCUGGGAUAGAAGCGGUUAUUCUUAAGGCUAUGACUCAGACAAUUACUGUCUCAGUCGAUGAAUCAAGUGAUAGUGAGAAAGUUCUUCAGUACUACACCAAUACCAAUGAUCUGGCAAGAAUGUGGCUUGUUAAAUUAGCCAAUUCUAUUACGUACAAGCGAAUGAUCACUACUAUGAAUAAAGUGAAUGAAUUAAAAGAAUCAGAUAAAAAUGAUAUUCAGAAAUUACUUUUAGGUGAAAGUUCGUAUAUCCCCAAGGAUGACAAGCAUCCAAUAAACUUUUUCAAUCCACAACUAAACGAUUCUCAAAGGCAAGCCAUUGACUUUGCUAUCAAUAAAUCAAAUAUAACUAUAAUUCAUGGACCGCCAGGAACUGGAAAGACAUAUACCUUAAUAGAACUUAUUCAACAAUUGACAACAUUGGGUGAAAAGGUACUUGUUUGCGGGCCAUCCAAUAUUUCAGUUGAUACAAUCUUAGAAAGACUAGGAGAUAAAUACAAGGCGGGCCAAUUGAUUAGAAUUGGUCAUCCAGCUAGAUUAUUAGCUCUGAAUUUACAACAUUCUUUAGAAAUAUUAUCCAAGAGUUAUGGAAAGGAAAUUAUUCAAGAUAUUGAACAUGAUAUACUGUCGACUUUGACCAAGAUACGGAAAUGUAAACGAUAUGCUGAGAGAAAGGUAUUAUAUCAAGAAAUGAAAUUGCUUAGGAAGGAAUUAAGACAACGAGAGAAGAAAAUAGUUGGAGAAUUGUUAAUUAAUGCCAAAGUCAUUAUCGCAACCCUCCAUGGAUCUGGCUCUUAUGAAUUAAGAAAUAAUGAUAUUGUAUUUGAUACAAUUAUAAUUGAUGAAGUAUCACAAUCUAUGGAACCACAAUGUUGGAUCCCUUUAUUGUUAAACAACAGGUUCAAGAGAUUGGUCAUAGCUGGAGAUAAUAUGCAAUUACCUCCAACGAUCAAGCUGACUAAUAAAAAAGGCACCUCACUACUUGAAACUACAUUAUUUGAUCGUUUGAUUAACAAGCUUGAAGGAGAUAAAUUUAAGAAAUUACUUGAUGUACAAUAUCGUAUGAAUACUAGUAUCAUGAAGUUUCCAAGUUUGCAGCUUUAUGAAAAUAAAUUGAAAAGUGAUACAAGUGUCCAAGAUAUUACUCUUGCAGAUUUACCUCAUGUGACUGAUAAUGAAGAUACUUCUAUCCAAUGUAUAUGGUAUGAUACACAAGGAGGACAAUACCCGGAACAAAAGACCGAGUUGAUUGAAGGUGAUUCAAAAUACAACGAAAUGGAAUUAUUAGUGGUUAGAGGACAUAUGGAGAAGCUAUUAAGUCUUGGAGUUCAGCCCAAAGAUAUUGGAGUUAUUGCUCCAUAUUCUGCACAAGUCCAAUUAUUAAAAAAACAAAUGGGGCCAGAUACUGAAAUUGAAAUUAGUACCGUGGAUGGUUUCCAGGGAAGAGAAAAAGAAGUCAUAAUUUUGACGUUAGUAAGAUCGAAUGAAGAUGGUGAAAUUGGGUUUUUAAGUGAACAAAGAAGAUUAAAUGUCGCAAUUACGAGACCAAAACGACAAUUAUGUGUUAUUGGAGAUCUUGAAUUGAUGAGUAGGAGCGGAAGUAAAUUUCUUACGAAUUGGUGCAAGUAUGUUGAAGACGGUGUUGCAGAUGAACAGAAUUAUAUUCAACCAUAUGAAAUAAUUUAUCCUAACUUAGAUGAUUAUCUUGUGCAAUAA